AUGGGAUGCAAGCAAAUUGACAAAUCAAAGCCAAAGCAAAAGCAUAAGAAGGGAUUAUGGUCUCCAUAUGAAGACCAAAAGCUCAAAGAUUAUAUCCUCAAACAUGGUCAUGUCUGCUGGGCAUCUGUGCCAAUCAAUGCUGGGUUGCAAAGGACAGGAAAAAGUUGUAGAUUGAGGUGGAUUAAUUAUUUAAGACCAGGCUUAAAGAGAGGGACAUUUAGCACUGAUGAGGAAGAGACUAUCCUGACCUUUCAUGGCAUGUUAGGCAACAAGUGGUCUCAAAUAGCACAACAUUUACCUGGAAGAACCGAUAAUGAAAUAAAGAAUCAUUGGCACUCUCAUCUAAAGAAGAGGAUGCCCAAAUUGGUUGAAAAUGAAGAAGGGCAUGCUAGAACAUAUACAAUUGAAAAUGGAGAAUCUUCACCUUCCUCAAUGAAAUUGACUUCCCAAAAUUCAAGUAAUAUGGACUCAAUUGAGCAAAUAGAAGGUUCAUUAUUAGCAGAUACAGAUCAAUCUGUAUCUGCUAAUAACGAAUUUGCAAAAGAAAAAUACAAAAAAAAUUUACCCAAAGUAUUAUUUUCUGAAUGGCUCUCAUUAGAUUGGUUUAACCGUCAGAAUUUCAAGAUCAUGAACACAAGCAAUCAAGAUCUUUCUACGAAUAACAUUGGAUGCAACAAUUCAAUGUUCCAAUUAGAUACUUUCGCGCAAUAUGAUCCAAUACUAGCGAUGAAUGAAGUUAUUACCAAUGACAUAAAUCGCGAUUUUAACAAUAUGAUUCAACAACCACUCAAGUUUGAGGAUCAAAUGUUUGUCAACGAUUUUGAGGAAUUUAUAUUUGGGGAAUUUAAUAGAAACGUCGAUGAUGUACAUAUAAAUUAUAUUUUCUAA